GCUCUUCUCAAUAAGGCUUUUCAAAACUCCUUCAAAAAGCUUCUUGGUCUUCGAUCAACGAUAUGGCGAGUACUAUUUACCGCCUGAUCACAAUCGUCUCGCUUCUCUCAUUGCUCCAUUGUGCCUAUUCCGCCGCCCAACACCGUUUCUACCUGCGUCUCACUGAGCAACCGUUCAUCAAUCUCCCAUCCGACGUCGUCGCUCAGACAGUUAUCUCCUUGAUUGCACUGAUCUACGGAACUUCCUUCCUGGCCAAUCCAUUCCUUUUCAUAAAGAAGGAUCAACACCACGACCGAUCAUGCGACGAAGCACUCAAUUGUCCAUCAUUCAUCACAUUCGACAACCGUGCCAAAGCAAUGUCCCCAGAAUUUGCGAUGCUCCGAACCUUGAAACAACAGCAACGUCAACGACAAAACUCUUCUCGUGGAACUCACAGUGGACGUGUCUCCGAAGUUAUUCAAACGGAAGAAGACUCGGCCGACGAUUCUCAGGAAUAACUUCAAUCUCUGCUCGUCACUUCUCUACAAAAUCCUCUCCAUUCCUCGACACCUCAUCUAAUAAUAACAUUUCCAAUGAUAAGAAGAAAACACCUAGUCGUUCGCCAGACUUUAGCAAUAUUCCGGGUGCACGUAUCCCAAAAUCGAUGCCAAAAAGGACCCGAUUCCUAGAAAUCAGUAAGCAGCAGGCCGACGAGGCAUUCAGAAGUUGUCUUGAAAUGGUUCGAAAACACGAUAUCGACAGUUAUCUAGCCAUUUUGACUAUCAAUAAACGAGCACAGCCAGAAAUUGUCGCGCUUAACGCACUGAACGUCGAGUUGGCUUCAAUUCGUGACAAAGUGGACACAAGAAAAGGAGACGCUUCAGCAAUGUAUCGCCUUC